AUGACAACUAAUAGCAAUGUACAUCUCAGAGUCAUAAGCGGACAUGAACUGCCCAAAACAGACCUGUUCAGCCAUAUUGACCCUUACGUGGAGGACUUCUUUUUCGAGGCAGAGGUGGAUGAUGACGGGGUACUGUACGGCACGCUCGUACUGGAUCUGUACGACGGGGAGGAGGGGAAGAACGAGCACGUUGGAUCCAUACGACUGGAUCUGCAAACUCUGAGCCCGGAGACGCUUCUUGAAGUCCCCCUGGAGUUGCCGCUGGUCUUCAAGGGCGACAAGAGGGGACAGAAACUCGCGCGCAGCGCGCCGCGAGCCCGGCUGGCGCUGCAGGUGGUCGCGCUGGGCAAGGCCUUCUCCUCAUACGUUUCGGAGCUAGCGGACGCGGUUUCAGAGGCCGCCGCCAUCGUGGACGACCGCUCCGGAACCGUACUGGUUGCCGUACCGGGCACGGACGACACGCUCUGGGCAGGGCUGAGGUUCGGGCCGCGGUCAACACAGCUCCUGUUGCUGAGUACGGCGGACCCCAAGGCCAAGGCGGACAACCCGGCAGUGUGGUACGACAUGUCGUACUCGGGGUCGCCGAGCUUACGAGUGGAACGGCUGCAAUACCGCAAGCCCGUUAAGAUGUACGGUCUCAAAGUGUGGGCCGAAGUGCGUGCCACCAACGUUCCAGUGGACGCCAAACUGAGCAAGGUGCGCAUUUUGGAGCGGGAGCACCGCCUGGUGGACACCCUGGACCCGGCGGACGUGUUGGCGGGGCACGGCUACAUGAUCGGCAUGCCCUUCCUGGCCGCCGUCAAGGAGCUCUCAAAGAAACCCGCCAGGGUGCACGUGGACGCGGCGGCGCAGGCUCUUUGGAUUCGGAUGGAUUCAAACCAGCCGCAGCCCGCGCAGCUGCUACAGCUUGAUUACGGGGAGGACGUGGCGGCGGCGGCGGCGGCGGCGGCAGAAGCCCCCGCCGCCGCUGAAACGUCGCCUGGAGGCGGAAAGAAAAACGGGGGCGAAGGGGGGGGCGGCAAGGGAGGGAAGGGUGGAGGUGUGGUGGGGAGGCUUCCGGCCUUGCGGAUAUGCUCAACAAGUUCGGAGUUGAACAAAGGAUAUGAGUUGGCUUUUUUUGGUGGUGGCGGCCGAGCCGCUGCGGGCCCUAUGGUGACUGUUUCGGAGACCUUUCGUCGGCCCAAGCCGGUGCUUGGCGGGAUGUACGACAUCGUACAUUCGGUGGAGUUACGUGACGCGUUCGUUGGGUACGCGUUGGAGGAGGUCGGGCUGGGGUGUUACGAGCUAAUGAAACCAUGUCGUACAUGGCGGUUAGGGAAGUUGUUGACGGCGGCAGCACGGGGCGAGCUGGCCAACAUCGAGGAGGGGGGUUACGGCGGCGGCGGAAGAGCCAGCGGCGGCGUGGAAGGCGACGCCGACGGCGCCGUGGACCGCAUUGGUAGCGCCAGUACCUUGGUUCGAAGCUUCUUGUCUUGGCUGCCGUGCAUGGCGCCGCCACGGGCAGAUGCGUAUCGAGAGGAGGAGCUGACGUCGGCGGCGGCGGUGGGUGACUCAAAGAAGGCCCGAAGGGGCUCUAGUGCCAAACAGGAGGAGGUUGGGGAAGACGAUGGACGAGGCGCCCACGGCCGGAGAGAGAGCCGCAGCCGCAGAGGGAAAGAUCUCGGUGGUGCUGAUGCUGGCGGUGCUGGUGGCCGCCGAGCUCGAUCCACCGGUGGCGGCGCCGAAGGCGCCGUCGCAUCUCCUCUGGCGCCGACGCCGUCGUCCAAAAGCGUUCAAGGCUCCGGCGGGGGGCCCGGCAGGGCUUCCCGGUUGCAGGUCGCCGCCACCGCCAGCGUCGGGUCGUCCUCAGACCGCGUCGGGUCGUCCACCAGCCUCACCGCGUACAACAGUUCGAAACAGAAGUACGGCGGGAAGAGGUACGGCGGCAGCGGCGGUGGUGGAGGUGACAAGUUGUCGAGCAUGCUCAGCAGCAACAGGAGCGGCGAAAGGGGAACAAGAGCUGAAUUGGACGAGCUGGACGAUGACUGA